AUGUCUAUCGACAAGAAAGAACAUUCGAAAGACGAAUCGGAUGAGUCUAUUGGCUCAAGUCCUGAGAAUGAGCCGGGUCCAUCGAUUCCACCAGAAAACCAACCGGCAAAGCGCAAAGGAGGUCGCAAACCCAUCUAUGCCACUUCGGAAGAGCGCAAACAGAGAAAUCGUCAGGCGCAAGCCGCGUUUAGAGAGCGCCGGACAGAAUAUAUCAAACAGCUCGAAGAAACUAUUAAGGCUCAUGAGUCGAACCUAGCUAGUCUACAAGCUGCCCACCGUAGUGCUGCAGAUGAAUGUUUGAUGCUCCGAUAUAAGAAUUCCCUUCUCGAACGUAUCUUGUUGGAAAAAGGUAUUGAUGUCCAAGCUGAGCUUCAUGCCAAGACUGGUAGUCCAAACCUUGGUCCAACUCAUAUGCCCCAGAAUAUGGUGCAACCACCACCUAUGCCGCGGGCAAUCCUCAACAGACACCACCACGUGCGCAGAUCUGCUUCUAGCAUCGCCCCGAAACUCGAGCCUGGCAUGCCUUCUCUACCCCAUCCCGCGGGGGUGCAGCAGUCUAUGGCAUCGCCUAAGACCCGGCCAACGCCCCCUUCCCACGCGGCUUCUCCUACUAACCCUACACCACCUUUUGGUAGUCAAACAGCAGCUUCACCCGUGUCUUCAGAUCCCACGAAACAAGAGUACGACGCCCCGACCGAUAUGAUGGACGAGCCCGAACCGGAUACGCCAGGGCCGGGCCCUUAUCCUUCGACGUUCCAAGUCCCUCAACAGCAUGGCAUGUCUGUGCAGCCAACGACGACAGGACCGCAAGGACAACCCCCGAUAGCACCCGGGGGACAGGGCAAUCAAGCGCAAAGCCAAACACAAGGCCAAGGCUAUCCGAGCAUGACCCAGCUAUUGGACCCAGCAUUGGAUUGGGAUCCGUUUGGCCUGAGUGCGUCUAUGGCCUUCCCAACGCAGUUCUCCUUCGACACGAGUAAUAUGAGGUAGCAUCUGGAAGUGGAGUAAUAUGGUUGGGGCUUUGCGCACAAUGUCGAAGAGGGUGGAAGUUGCACGAGGGCUAGACGAAGCAAUACCAACGAGACGCUGCCCCCUAUUAAUCGAAGCGAUGGAUGAAUGAACGCAGGCCGAGACCACGAAACCAUGCUUAGCAACUGUUAAGUGCCGAUUGGUAUGUAACUUCCCGCCGAGGCGACAAUAAGUGUUGAUUUCGGUAUAGAGGAUCGACAUUUAUACUCAUUCUUGGAAGUUAUUCGAAGCAUUCUAUAAGACAACCGACAUGAUACCCACGGGAGCCAUCCAUUUCCGGUUUCCAAAAACCCGAGGCAUCGAUUUAUUAC